AUGCCUGCGCCAAAAAGCUUCAAGCUCAUCUGGGUCGUUGUCGCGGUUUUCGUCACGUUCUUUCUAAUCUCGCGCGUCUAUACGGGCGAAGAUCAACCUUACAGCUUGGGAAAGGUGGAACUCACGCAGCCGACAACAGAAACACAACUAGAACCUCAGCACCAGAUUGUGCAAGAUGCCCACCAACUACAAUCAGCAGAUGCGUUCCUGCCGCACUUCAAAGCUGUGCUCCAGUUGCCAGGAUAUACGGUACAAGAAGCUAAGCGGACCUGCCCUCUGAAACACGGCGAGAAGGUGAACUUCCAAUGGCAUGAGGACAGUCCCGGCAAGACAUGGAUUAGUCAAGACACUCCAAAAGCUGAAAUUGAAUUUCGCCGGCGCGAAUGGCAAUCCUUCAUCGACAGCGGCAUGAUCCCGUACUCCGAGGUCCGAAAGAAAUUCGCUGGCCGUGGCCUCGUCGUUGUGGCUGGUAACCAAGACACGCUCAAAAGGGUCGAAGUCAUUUUGCGUUCCCUGGUCAGGUUGAGGUCCAGUAUUGCUAUCGAGUUGCACUACUGGGAUGACGAGAUGUCUGAGCAGGAUAGAAAAAGGCUGCUGAAUAUUUACCCUACGAUAAGCUUCAACGACCUGUCAGGGACACAUAACAUUCUCCACAUCAAAAAGGACGGCGCAUACAUCAAUUACCAACUCAAAACGGCCGCGCUUGUCAAUUCCCGUUUUGCCGAACCCAUACUCAUCGACUCCGACAACGUACCCGUCAUUGACCCAACUCUGCUGUACGAAACCAAGACAUAUCGAGAAUUUGGGACUGUCUUCUGGCCCGAUAUAGCCCGAACGAGGCCUCAGAAUCCAGCUUGGGCAAUAUUCAACACCCCUUGUCGCCUGGACGAGUACGAGCAAGAGAGCGGACAGCUCCUAGUCGACAAGACACGGUUCUGGUACCACCUCCAACUGGCCUCCUGGCUCAACAACGAGCAAGGUGCUUACUACAACGAAUUCCUCCUCGGCGACAAGGACAUGUUCAGAUUUGCCUGGCACGCCCUGAAGACGCAGUACGGACAGCCGAAGAGGUGGCUAACAAGUGUCGGCACGGUGAAUGACGGCUUCUAUUGCGGGCACUCCUUCGCGCAGUACCAUCCUGACGACGACCGGAUCAUGUUCAUGCACGGGGGCCUGGUCAAGACCGUUGACCUAGAGGUGAUGAAGUGGAACCGGGAGAUCGGGGGCUACUUUCGCAACUACAAGCGCGCAUUGUCAGACAAGGAUCCGACCGUGAGUGUGGAUGUGGCGAUCAAGUUUGACGGAGCCGCGUAUAAGCCAGAUCAUGGUCCUGAAUUUCAUGCUGCCAUGUGCACGGAUAUGUUCGACGUUGAACCCAGGAGUCUCGAUGAAAUUCUUCCGGGGUUCGAAAAAACUUUUGAGGAAUUAGGGGGUUAUUGGAUGUUGGACGAGGUGUCAUGA